UGAUGGUGCUGCAACUGCGGAUAAUGGUAUUAGUGUGAAUGCUUGGGUUAAGGCUGGGGCUAAAUCGAGAUGUGUCUCCCCACCCGCCUCCAAAAUGUCCGUACUGAAGACAGACGAGGUUUCCUGUGAUGAUGAUUGCUGA